AUGAUGCUCGCAAAACUGUUCAUCGUCGUUGCUGGUGCCGUUUGUACCGUUGUCGCGUCGGCCGUCGUCCAACGGGACGAAUUCAAAUCUCUUAACCCUCCACUCAGCGUUCUUGAUUCGAGGGAUACCCCGGCUGCAUACACACCACUUAAUCCACCACUCAACGUUCUUGAUUCCAGAGACGCCCCGUCCUCCCCCACUGUGGCCCGCUUGACGAAUGCUGAACGGCUCAUCGCUGGCCUCCCUCUUAACGCGCCUCGCCGUUCUCGUACCACCCAUCCUCGAGGAGUACCGUCGGGUGUCCCAACUAUUUCUCAAGGCUACAUCAAAGUGACCGAGACUGGAACGGGCAAGGACUACGGUUUCCUUAACAAGGACCUCAACAGUUUUGGAGAAUUCCAGACGACCUCCGAUCCGGAUCAACGUGCCAUUUUUUCUAUUAAUCUGGUUGACGCUGCUCAAGGACAAAUCAAUAUUGCCGUGAACGGCGCCUCAGCCCGUCCCUACAUUGGUGGCAUCGUUGGGUUUUCUUCGGCCUUAUCAGACCUCAAAACUGGAUUUGCAACCUACUCGUACAUUGGACGAACCGAGGCUAGCCCGUUUCAUUCAGCGCCUGUCACGCUUGGCAAUACCUUCAGUGACGCGACCGGACAGGCAAAGGCAGUUGAGAGCGCAAUGUGGGUCUACGACGCUGUAUCGGGAACUAUUACCCCGCAGUGGGUUAACAACGAUCACUCCCUUCCCGCGACGUAUAUUGGUUUGAGUCAGGGCCUGCUGGUCCUCUCCGGUGACAAGCAUAGCUUCUCAACCGUGUUUGGACCCACCACAUGGCUUACGUUUACUUUUAUUCCCAUUUAA